CCCGACGAAGGCGUCCUUCCCAUCUUGCAGCAUUUCUAUCCCAAAAUGCCCCGUACCCUAAUUCUCCUGACAGGCGCCUCGAGGGGCUUUGGGAAAUCUCUCACCCUAGCCCUAUCGGCGUCUAAACUCGUAGCACAAGAGACCGACUUGUUACUGACGGCCCGUAACACUGCUCAGUUGGAAGAAACCAAGGCGGAAGCCCUCGCAGCGGCGUCGUCAAAGUCUCUUCACAUUGUAACGCAUUCGGCUGAUUUUACAUCUCUGGAUCUGGACAGCGUUUGCAAAGAUUUGUUUGCCAAAAUCCCACACCCGGCGACUCAAUACGCGCGGGUAUAUCUUUUCAACAAUGCCGGGUCACUGGGGAAACUCGACAGAAUGCGACACCAAACUCCCGAUGACAUUAGCCCUGCCGUUCAUCUGAACCUUACCGCUCCUCUAGCAUUGACGUCCGCUUUUCUAAGACACUUUCCCAACCCCACUCAGAUCCAUAUCAUCAACAUAUCCUCAUUAGCGGCCAUCCAGGCUUUUGACUGUUGGGGCGUUUACUCUGCAACCAAAGCUGCCCGAGAUAUGUACCACAAGACCAUUGCAGUGGAAGAGCCCAACAUAAGGGUAUUGAAUUAUGCACCUGGACCACUGAAUACUGAUAUGCAGACGAGGAUCAGGGAGGAGAUGCCGGAUGUGCCUUUGAGGGAGGUGUACACUGACAUGCAUGCUCAAGGCAAGUUGGUUGAACCAACGGUUUCUGCCAAGGUAUUGAUUGGAUUGUUGGAGAAGGAUGAGUAUGAGAAUGGGGCACAUAUAGAUAUCUAUGAUGUCAAGGGAUGGUGACUUGCCUUUAGUGGGACGGUGGAAAAGGAAUGUUUAUUGUAAAUGUAAACCCAAAUAUGAACUCUUGGUUUUCAAGUUUCCUAUUUUUAAAAGUA